AUGACAACGGAGACUGAGAGUUCGCACUUGACACAGUCAUCAUCACCUUUACCUCCACAACCUCAAAAUCCAGUCGAUCAUCUGAGAUGCAACGAUUCAUCAACAGAAGGUCUUCAAAACGAUGGAAUGAAUAAUACAGGAUUGCAGAUUCUGCCUUCUGAUGACUUUUACAGUUGCAUUGUUUUCAACAUAACUCAACUUAAGAAUAUACUACUUAGCUGCUUCAACCCACACGAGCCCGACAAUAUAGCAAGAGAAGCCAACGAAGAGCUCAGCAAACCACAAGCUAUUGCAGAGUCUAGCCAUGUUUACCAAUCUAUCCCUUCUGGUGAACACAUUCAAAAAGACGUUGCCUCCGAGCUGGUGUUUGGUACUCAAAGUUUAUCUUCCGCUUUUCCACCUCGACAGACUGAUGGAGGAUUCGAGGCAUUGAGUAAGAACUUCAAGCAGUGCGAGAUAUGGAAUGGUCCUCAAGGAAACAACAAUCAAGAAGAUCAAAUUGUUAAUACUAUUGAAGGAUAUGCUUACAUGAUCCCCCGCAAGCCCUUUGAUUCUAUCGGAAGACCUUUCAAUCCGUUUGGCCCUAUCGAGCGACCCAUCCCACGUUUGCCCUCUAGUUUUGAACUAGCAGAUUUGGGAUUUGCGUAA